AGUUUCCCACGGUGCGUGGUGGUAGUUUGAUCGGUUCCCGGUGAGGGUUGUUACCGGGGGGUGAGCAGUUCGCUGCUCACAGCUGCACGGAUAAAAGAGCGAAAAAUAAUCGGGACAGAAACGGAUGAAUAUCCGGUGUUGAUCGUGAACGCGUUAUUGUUCAGAGUCCGACAUCAUCUUCAGCGGAGGACGUCGAGCUGUCGGACUGUUAUCAUGGAAACUAAACAGCACGUAUGUUAGAAAACAAAACUAAACAGGCUGUUGUUACUAGUUUUUCUUUCCCAUCUUUUUGUUUGUUUGUUUUUUGCUAAAAACAUUCGGCGGGUUAGCGGGACCACACCGCGGAGGAUUCUGGGAGAUCUGAGGACUUUAGCAUGAAAGCAGGUACUGGCAGCCCUGCUGAUGCCGCCAUGUUGCGGUGAUCGGGAGUGCACGCAUCAUGUUGAGUGUGAGCUCGCCGGUGACGAUGCCUGCUCACCCCAAUGAUGAACGCUUUGCUCCGAUAUUAUUCCCCUUCCAGGGGCAGCGGACAUUAACCACCAUCUCUGCUGCCUCGUUACGGGGCCGCUGAAUCUUCCAAGAGGCUGCAGACGGCGGCCGUCUCCAUGGCGAACACCACCCUCAGUUCCCGCUCACCGGUGGAUCCAGUUUCGCCCACUACCGAGGCCCGAGAGAGUCUUCGAGGCUUGGGCCUGCCUCUGCAGGUCUUCUUCUGCUUCGUCAUGGUUGCCAUCCUGCUGGUGGCGCUCCUCGGAAACGUGGUGGUGUGUCUGAUGGUUUACCAGAGAUCCGCCAUGCGCUCGGCCAUCAACAUCCUUCUGGCGAGCUUGGCGUUUGCAGACAUGAUGUUGGCCAUCUGGAACAUGCCCUUUGCUCUGGUUACUGUUGUGACCACCCGCUGGAUAUUUGGAGAGGUUUUUUGUCACGUGUCAGCCAUGCUGUUUUGGUUCUUUGUGAUUGAGGGCGUGGCCAUACUGCUGAUCAUCAGCCUGGAUCGUUUUCUCAUUAUUGUUCAGAAGCAGGAUAAGCUGAGCCCGCAGAGAGCCAAAGUUCUCAUCGUGGUAACGUGGGGACUCUCCUUUAUUUUUUCCUUCCCUCUGUCCAUCGGCUCUCCGAACCUGCAGAGCCCGCCCCGGGCGCCGCAGUGUAUGUUCGGCUACAGCAGCGACCCGGGAUACCACGCCUAUGUGUUGAUACUCAUGCUCGUCUUCUUCUUCAUCCCUUUUAUGAUCAUGUUGUACAUAUUCAUGGGGAUCCUGAACACGAUCCGACACAACGCCAUCCGCAUCCACAGCCACCCGGACGGAAUCUGUCUGAGUCAGGCCAGCAAACUGGGCCUGCUGAGCCUGCAGAGGUCCUUCCAGAUGAACAUAGACAUGAGUUUCAAGACCCGUGCCUUCACCACCAUUCUCAUUCUCUUCUCCGUGUUUACGGUCUGCUGGGCGCCAUACGCCGCCUACAGCCUGGUCGUGACCUUCAGUGACGGUUUCUACCACAGGGACAGCUUUUUUCAAAUCAGCACCUGGGUCCUGUGGUUGUGCUACCUCAAAUCCGCCCUCAACCCUCUCAUCUACUACUGGCGGAUCAAGAAGUUCCGCGAUGCCUGCCUUGACCUGAUGCCCAAGUACUUCAGAUUUCUUCCUCAACUGCCAGGAAACACAAAGAGACGCAUACAGCCGAGCGCCGUUUAUGUGUGCGGCGAGCACCGCUCUGUGGUUUAAUCCACCGCUCAUCAUGAGCUGCUUCACUAUGAGAUCAAGCUACAAGGUGUCACGGCAACACAAGUCAAACCUGGACAUUUUUGUCCAAGUCCUGGAGGGAUCAGGUUGGACACCUGGCCAUAAAAACCUUUGCCAAAACCAGAUACACAAUUUCUCCAUAUAACGCUGGAAAUGGUAAUAAAUAAGUAAGUGGGCGGGGUUUAUCGGUGCCAUACUGCAUUGUGUUUUUGUGCCUGUAAACAGCUGGCCAAACAUAUCUUUAUGAAUUUGACAUCAGCAAAUAAUUUGGUGUUGUAAUUGUUUUGUCAAAUUAGAAUUUUGCACUGACAUUCUCACGGUUCAAGCGCCUGUAAAAAUCCAGUCACGAGUUGCUGGACUCAGUUGGU